UGAUAUGCUGAUCAGGAACUCUGUUUUUCUCUAUUAUUACUCUGACAACGCUACGGUCUAGCCUUGGUGAGUUUCAAGUUGUAUCAUAUGUGUAUAAAACACUAUCUCGGUUACUUUGCAGCUUCCUGAUGGUUGUCGUGCUGUUUGCGGUCGCUGCUAUUGUGAUUUCACACACCCAAGCGGCACACUGCCAAGAGAAUCAACACUGUUCAGAUUGCGAUCGGGAGACUGGAAACUGCCUGACAAAGUGUCAUGCUGGGUAUUAUGAUCUGAGAUGCAGUUCCCCUUGCAGUAGCCAAUGCAAAAACAAUGUCUGUGAAAUGUCAGGUACCGGAAUUGAAAGGUGCACGGAAGGUUGCAAACAAGGAUUCCAAGGCUCCAAGUGCAGAAUACCGUGUCACGAUCCUGUAAACACGUGUAAGCAAUGCCCAGGUGCUUGUGAUGGGGAAUACUGCAAUCUCGGCUCCUCGUGUGUUGCUGGCUGCAAUAAUUCAUUUUACGGUUCUCACUGCAGUAUAUGUUCCAAAAGAUGCAAAUCCUGUAAUGUGCAAACAAGAACUUGUGAGGAAUGUCAUGCUGGGCAUGGUGGCGUGAACUGUGUCGGGGGAUGUGAAGAUAAUUGUAAAUUUGGAUGUGUACCCGGAUUUUAUGGUCCAUUGUGUCUUGACGUUUGCAGUUUACAUUGUCGUCCAAACCCCAAACCCAAAGUUGGUACUCGUUCUUUGUCUGAUGCAAAAAGUGUGCACUCCCAACUCGAAUGUCAGCAACUGACAGGGGACUGCACUCAUGGAUGUAUGGACGGCUGGUAUGGACGACGUUGUUCGUUCAAGUGUAAACCUGUUUGCAGAGGUCUAAAAUGUGACAAUACAGGAGCUUGUAUUCACGGCUGCAUAACAGGAAACUACGCGAACGAUUGUCUACCGUGCCCCGAGAACUGUGUCAACAGCACAUGCCACACAGAGGAAGGAUCUUGUACAAACGGAUGUGUGCAAGGGUUCCAUGGUACAUUCUGCAACAAUACCUGUGAGUCAUGUCUCGGUGGUAUUUGCAACCAAACCACUGGCAAACGGAACAAUGGAUGCGGAAACAACUGUUCCUCGCACAAUUGCACUACAACAGUGAAAAAUGAUCCUCGGAUAUUACAGCAAAAUACAACACAAGCCGACAAACCCGACGGUAAUUCAGUUAAAUUUGAAGAUAAAAUUAUCAGCAUUCUCAACCCUCUUAAUUCUGGUGUUAGAUUAUAUCCGAAGAAUAAUUUUGUUUAG